UCACGAACUCGCGCGAGAUCAGACACUUUGCGGCCCUGCUCGCCUGCACUACAAGCUGCUGUUUAGCAGUAACAGUAUCAGACCCCCAAUGAUGAGUUAUGCUGACAAGCCCGAGGACAUAACUCGAGAGGAAUGGAUGGAAAAGCUCAACAAUGUCCACGUUCAGAGGGCGGACAUGAAUCGACUCAUUAUGAAUUAUCUGGUGACAGAGGGUUUUAAGGAGGCAGCAGAGAAAUUCAGGCUGGAAUCUGGAAUCGAGCCAAGCGUUGACCUGGACUCGCUAGAUGAGAGGAUAAAGAUCCGAGAGAUGAUUCUGAAGGGCCAGAUUCAGGAGGCCAUUGCACUGAUCAACAGUCUGCAUCCUGAACUUCUAGAUACUAACCGCUACCUAUACUUCCAUCUCCAGCAGCAGCACUUGAUCGAGUUAAUUCGCCUGCGGGAGACCGAGGCGGCGCUGGAGUUUGCGCAGACGCAGCUGGCUGAGCAGGGCGAGGAGAGUAGAGAGUGUCUGUCUGAGAUGGAGCGCACGCUGGCACUGCUGGCCUUUGAUAACCCUGAGGAGUCACCGUUUGGAGAUCUCCUCAACAUGAUGCAGAGACAGAAGGUAUGGAGUGAAGUAAACCAAGCUGUCCUGGACUAUGAGAACCGAGAGUCGACGCCCAAACUGGCGAAGCUCCUAAAACUUCUGUUGUGGGCUCAGAAUGAACUGGACCAGAAGAAGGUCAAGUACCCUAAAAUGACUGAUCUGAGCAAGGGCACUAUCGAGGACCCCAAAUAAAGAGGCGCACGAGAGCUGCUCAGUGUUAACAUUGUGUGGGAAAUAAAAUGGACAUUUUUUUCCUCCUCUUUCUCUAUUUAUAUUCAGUCAGUGACUGAUUCUUUUUUCCCCCCCUGUUUAGCAUACUUAUAAUUGCUAUUGCUUAUCAGAGACUUUUUUGCAUUAAAUGGGUUGUGCAAAUGGGAAUGUUUAUAUCUUAAAUCUAAAUGGCCAAAACAGGAACACUUUUGAACACGGAGACAAAUGUGAUGAUUUUGUUACCUGUGUAUUUAGCACAGUGAAUUGAAUCGACUUUUAACCAUUGUUUUGAACAAAAUUGCUGUUCUGUGUACUUUGUCAACAAAUAUUCAGAAAUAUUACUGGUCAGAGAUAAUAUUAUGAUGAUUAUUUUUUAAAGUAGAUUAUGCUCUGGACCUACCGGCAGAUCAUCCUAACACACCGGUUAAGUGUUACCUUCAGGUUUUUCUACCUCAUCUGUGGAUCUCUGUCCACUCGAGUGUGAAUCAUUUCAACAGGACAGAUCAAAUGGAUGACGGAUCUUUUGUUUCUGUAACUUUAUUAGACUGUAAUGGGGGGGGGGGGGUGCAUUUUGUAAGUGUAUUAAGAGAGUAUUAUGGGGGGGAUCAAUCAUCUGCUCUGUGAAUAUUUCUCAUUUCAUUAUGAUGUCUUUUAUUAUCCCUGCUCACAUUGUAUGAUUUAUAGAGUUCAAUAAGUGAGAUCUCAAAUGCAAGUCAGAUGCUUUACAUAGGUAUUAAAUACUUUUUUGUU